CAGAAAACACAAGAGAGAAAGAAUCAAACCCUAAAAUGGAGCUUUCUUACUAUGUAUACUUUCUCACCAUUUUCGUUCUAACAAUAACUCUCACUCUAAACUUUCUUUUCUUCCGCCACCCAAAAUCAUCCUCCCCAACAAACCUCCCGCCGGGAAAAUCCGGUUUUCCGGUGAUCGGAGAAACCUUCCAAUACCUAGCCUCCGGCUGGCGUGGACAUCCAGAAAGCUUCAUUUACGACCGAAUAAGAAACUAUUCAUCAUAUAUAUUCCGAACCAAUCUCAUGCUUGAACAAACCGUUGUAUUCUGCGGCGCCCCAGCUCACAAGUUCAUCUUCUCCAACGAGAAUAAACUGGUUCAAUCAUGGUGGCCAAGUUCAGUUGAUAAAAUCUUCCCAUCUUCAAAUCAAACAUCUUCAAUGGAAGAAGCUAUUAAGAUGCGUAAAAUGUUACCUAAUUUCUUCAAACCUGAAGCUCUACAACGUUAUAUUGGAAUGAUGGAUAUAAUUGCUCGUCGUCAUUUUGAUUCCGAUUGGGGUAAGAACGAUUAUAUCGUGGUGUUCCCUCUCUCUAAGAAAUUUACAUUCUGGAUUGCUUGCCGGAUCUUUCUUAGUGUGGAUGAUCCGAAAGAAGUGGAGCGGUUAUUGGAGCGGUUUAAUUUGGUGGCGGAAGGUUUACUUUCUUUACCGGUGGAUUUACCCGGAACGCCGUUUAGACGCGCGAUUAAUGCGUCGGAGAUGAUAAGGGGGGAGUUGAUUGGAAUAAUAAAGAAGAGGAAAAUUGAUUUGACAGAGGGGAAUGCGUCGCCGGUACAGGAUAUAUUGUCGCAUAUGCUUUUGACGGCGGAUGAUGACGGUAAGUUUAUGACGGAAACGGAUAUUGCUGAUAAGAUCUUGGGAUUGCUCGUCGGCGGCCAUGAUACCGCUAGCUCUGCAUGCGCUUUUAUCGUUAAGUAUCUUGCUGAGUUGCCGGAAGUUUAUCACGGAGUUUACAACGAGCAAAUGGAGAUUGAGAAAUCAAAAGCCCAAGGCGAACUUCUUAAUUGGAACGACAUUCAGAAGAUGAAAUACUCGUGGAAUGUUGCAUGCGAGGUUCUCAGAUUGGCACCGCCUCUCCAAGGAGCUUUCAGAAGCGUUCUCGUUGAUUUCAUGUACGAGGGUUUUUCGAUCCCAAAGGGUUGGAAGAUAUAUUGGAGUGCUCACUCGACUCAUAAGAAUCCGGAGUAUUUCUCGGAUCCAUACAAGUUUGAUCCAUCUAGGUUCGAGGGAUCUGGUCCGGCACCAUAUACAUUUGUUCCUUUUGGUGGAGGACCGAGGAUGUGCCCUGGGAAAGAGUAUGCCCGGUUGGAAAUACUUGUGUUUAUGCAUAAUUUGGUGAAGAAAUAUAAGUGGGAAAUGUUGAUCCCAGAUGAGAAGAUUAUCGUAAACCCUAUGCCUGUCCCCGAGAAAGGUCUUCCUGUUCGUCUAUUUCCUAUUAGUUAAUUAAUAAUAAUGUGUUGAAUGUAAUCCUGCUUGUAUUUUAAUUUUGCAUGUACAUUAUAUUUGAUUUUCAAUAAAAAUAAAUAAAUAGUUUCUCUA